AUGUCCUCUGCUCAUGAUGCCACCACCAAGAUCUCCAUCGACAAGUUCGACGGCGACAACUACGCGACGUGGAGCCGCUACAUGCGUGGCGUGUUCCUGACCAAGUCGGCGUGGCACGUGGUGAACCGGGAGACCACCCCCACCUUCGCCGAUCCUCGCGCCAGUGACGACUACAUCAAGACGAACAACAUUGCGUUCGGCUUGAUGCUGCUGCACAUGAGCGCGGAUUAUCAUCACGUGGUUGAUGACUGUGAAGAGGCGUGGGUCGCGUGGGCGCGUUUGAAGACGCUGUACGGCGGGUCGCAGAAGGCUGGACGCAUCUACUUGAAGCGCCAGCUGUUCAGCAUGGAGAUGGCGGAAGGCGGCAAUGUGAUGCAUCAUUGCAACGAAGUCCUCAACAUCAGCGCGAAGCUCAGCAGCAUCGGCGCCAAGAUGGAGGACGAGGACGUGGCGAUCUGCUUGUUGCGCAGCCUCCCCAAGAGCUACGAGAACGUCGUUCUCAACUUGGAGAUGAGCAGCGCGGAACUGCGAUCGCGAGACGUCGUGAGAGUGCUCACGAAUGAGCACAUCAAGAGACAAGGUGACAAGACGACAUCGGUGAAGACUGAAGACGCGGCGAAGGCGUUCAGUGCCGAGCGUGAACCUCGCCAGUGUACAUACUGCGGAAAAUUGGGGCACACGGCGGAGCGGUGCUGGACCAAGCAGAAGGACGAAAAUCAAGGUGGAGCUCGACGCGGCGGCAACAAUGCUCGUGGACGCGGAGCCAACAACGUUCAGUGGCGAACCAACAGCAACUACGAUGACAACUACGAUCGAGUUGCGUUCGCGGUUUCGCUGGAGGCUGGACUUUCGACGGGCAAGAAUAUGCCAGGGAUGUGGGCAGUCGACAGCGGUGCGACGCAUCACAUCUGCAAGACAAAGCCAAGUUUGCAAGCCUGA